GAGUCUCCACAUUUAGGGUUUUAGACUUUGUGAUUUACCUCCACACUCAAAGAGCAGGCGCCGCUUAGCCUAGGACUCCCGCUGUCUCUGAAACCCUAGCCCAUAGCCAUGGCUCUUGUAGCAAAUGAGGAAUUCCAACACAUUCUUCGUGUUUUGAACACCAACGUUGAUGGCAAACAGAAGAUUAUGUUUGCCCUUACCUCCAUCAAAGGUAUUGGUCGCCGUUUUGCGAACAUUGUCUGCAAGAAGGCCGAUGUAGACAUGAACAAGAGAGCUGGUGAACUGUCAGCUGAGGAGCUUGACAAGCUUAUGACAAUUGUUGCUAAUCCUCGCCAGUUUAAGAUUCCAGACUGGUUCCUUAACAGGCAGAAGGAUUACAAAGAUGGAAAGUAUUCUCAGGUUGUUUCCAAUGCAUUGGACAUGAAGCUGAGAGAUGAUCUUGAGCGUUUGAAGAAGAUCAGAAAUCACCGCGGUCUCCGUCACUAUUGGGGUCUUCGAGUGCGAGGACAGCACACCAAAACCACUGGUCGUAGGGGGAAGACUGUUGGUGUCUCCAAGAAGCGAUGAUCUAGUUAUGCAGAAGGGGCCCUCUUGCUUUUUAUGCAGUAUUUUUCGCGUUCCAAGUUUUUUCUUUUUCAAACAAAAACUUUAAUAUAGCUUAGAUUGUUUGCUUGAAUUCUGUUGUGUUUUGUUGGUUGAAUGUUUCUCUAUGCAUUGCCGCUGAGAAGAUCAUAUUUUUGUUUAAAUAUUUUUCCUUGAGAUACCCUU